UGGCCAUUACGCGCGUGCACAACGACAACAACAAAGUACGCCUAGUCGACGUAGACUCGUGUAAACCACACGUGUCUCGACACUUUUGUCGCAAUCUGCCGAAGGCGAGUCCCAUUCAGCAUGGCAAGCACUGAGGUUAGCGGGGAGUUGCCGUAUGAUCCCAACGACACGGUGAAUUCAUCUGUGGUGUCUGGAGAUGUAGCAUUGCCUGAUGAUGGCGAGGUACUCUCCCCAGACAACAGUGUUCUAGCCAAUGGUGAUGUGUCUACCGUUGGGGAGGAAGCAGCGGAAGCAUCUGAAACAGAGCAGGGUGACGAAGCAGCAACUAACGACGUAGCUGAUGUGGAAGACGUCCAACCACUUCUGCCAAAAACAAUCUACAAAGAAGGUGAGCUGGCACCGGCCGACAAUGUGUGGACGUGUAAAGCCGAUGGCGCCAUCAAAACACGCGUCAGUGACAAGAACAAAGACAUACCCGUGGAGACCAUUCAUGUCGCGUUGAUGAGGGCUGUCAAGAACUAUCCAAAUUGCACUGCGCUGGCGAUCAAACGAAACGGGGAAUGGGUGAAGUGGUCCUACUCUGAGUACUACAGGGAUGUACGAAGUGUUGCCAAGUCGUUUCUUAAGCUUGGUUUGGAGCGUUACCAUGGAGUUGGUAUCAUUGGCUUCAAUUCGCCAGAGUGGUACAUCAGUGACAUUGGUGCAAUGUUUGCAGGUGGCUUCGGUACCGGCAUCUACACGACCAAUUCUGCUGAGGCAUGCCAGUAUGUAGCUGACAACUGCCAAGCUAACAUCAUAGUGGUUGAGAACAAGACCCAUCUCAACAAGAUCUUGAAAGUCUGGGACAAGCUCCCCCACCUCAAGGCUGUGGUGCAGUACACCGGCCAACUGGAAGAGAAAACUGACAAUGUUUACACCUGGUCAGAGUUCAUGGAGAUCGGCAAGGAUGUACCGGACUCGGAUCUGGAUGACAUCAUCAACUCCCAGGCCCCCAAUCACUGCUGUUCACUCAUCUACACCUCGGGGACCACCGGUAACCCUAAAGGGGUUAUGAUUAGCCAUGACGGGUUUCUAUGGCAAGCUAAGGGGUGUGCAAAGGCCGCCCAUCUGAAGCAAGGUUGUGAGAUUGUCGUCAGUUAUCUACCCCUCAGCCACGUCGCGGCUCAACUCUUUGACAUCUACAUACCUCUGGUUACAAGCGGAGCCGUCUACUUUGCCCAGCCUGAUGCACUCAAGGGAACGUUAGUCAACACACUCAAAGAAGUCCGCCCCACAGGGUUCAUCGGUGUGCCCAGAGUCUGGGAGAAGAUUCAGGAAAAGCUCAAAGCCGUCAGCGCCAACAAUUCCAACUUCAGGAAGAAGAUCGCGGACUGGGCCAAGGACAUAGGGCUGAGAGGAAACAUCGCUCUGGAGAAACGCGCAUUGGAGUACAAUCAGAUGAGCUGGUGGCAAUAUAUCUGGGGUGCUAUCAGUCAACCAGUGCCGUGGGGAUGGACGUUGGCCAAUAUGAUUGUCUUCAAAAAAGUUCGUCAGGCUCUGGGAUUGGAUCGUUGCUUCUUAACCUUCUCAGCUGGUGCCCCGAUCGCUACCGACACUCUCAACUACUUUCUGAGUCUUAAUAUACCCAUCUAUGACAUCUACGGAAUGAGUGAAAGCUCAGGGCCGCAUACGAUAUCCGUCCCUGACUGCUACAAGAUGGGAAGUGCUGGUCAGUGUCUGAAAGGAGCUGAGACUAAGAUACAUGAGCCUGAUCAGGAGGGCAUCGGAGAGGUGUGCUACAAUGGACGUCAUGUGUUCAUGGGCUACCUGAACAUGGAAGAGAAGACUAGAGAAACUAUAGAUGAAGAAGGCUGGCUUCACUCUGGUGAUCUGGGGUACGUGGACGACAAGGGAUUCUUGUACAUCACUGGAAGAAUUAAAGAGCUGAUCAUUACGGCCGGCGGGGAGAACGUCCCACCGGUACCCAUUGAGGACACCAUCCUAAAUGAGACACCCAUACUUAAUAACUGCAUGCUGAUCGGGGACCGACGCAAAUUCCUGUCCAUUAUUGUCACAUUCAAGGUCAUGAUCGAUGAAGAAACUCAGGAGCCAACGGAGGCACUGAACGCCGAGGCCCUGUCCAUCUGCGCCAAGCUGGGCAGCCAGGCCAAGACGGUCAGCGAAGCCAUGGAAGACGAGAAGGUACAACAGAGCAUACAGAAAGGAAUAGAUGCCUACAACAAGCAGGCCUCCUCACGGGCGCAGAUGGUGCAGAAAUUUAAGGUUGUCGAGAAAGACUUUACUGUCGCAGGAGGCGAGCUUGGUCCAACACUGAAGCUGAAACGGCCAGUUGUCACAAAGCAAUACGCCGAGUUGAUAGACUCGAUAUACGAAUAAAAAUCGCUCCGUGUGUUUUUGCCGGUAUUAUAGACUACAAUGUAUAUCGCAAGUUACUCCCUAGUACACUGAUCCAUUAAGCCCAGCCCACCCCACACAUGGGCAACAACAUGUGCGCCUCUACAAUGCCAAACUGCACGUUCCAUGCGCGUACAUCCUGGGCAAGUGCACACAUGUUGGACAUCUGCACGCGUAUGGUAGACAUCAAAUUGCGGCUUUGAUUGAUCAGAACAUCCUGGGCGGAACUUAGUGGAUCCGUAUAUUCACGCGGUGGCUGAAAAAAAUGUUUGCAUGAGAAACAGGAUUUGAUGUUGAUCAGGCA